CGACAUAGUGCAUGACCUGGGCCAUAUAAGUAACCCGACCUUGAUUAAGCCAACACCAGUGGUCGUCCCCCGACAAAAUGAGGGUCCUGCGCGGCCUCUUCCUAUCUCUCACUCUCGUUGGCUCCCUCGUCUCGGCUCAGGGCUUUGACUCGCCCAACGUGCCAAAGGAGAAGCACGGUUACCAAAGCGACGUCGCCCGUCUGAGGAAGAUCGUCAUAAACAGCUUAUAUUCCCAUAAGGACGUCUUCCUACGCGAACUGAUCUCGAAUGCCAACGACGCGAUCGAGAAACUUCGCUUAACCGCGCUGACCGACAAGGAGGCAUGGAACGGCUCCGAUCCGCUGAACAUCACCAUCAAGGCCAUAAAGGACGAGGACGGUCCGGGCGGACGAAUUGUCAUCACCGAUACGGGCAUUGGCAUGACUCCGGAGGAGCUUACGACUAACUUGGGUACUCUCGCAAAAUCCGGAACGUCAGAUUUCCUUGCGCGAGCAGAGAGCACGGAUACAACGGGCCAGGGCAACUUGAUUGGUGCCUUCGGUCUCGGUUUCUACUCCAGCUUCCUCGUCGCGGACAAAGUCUACGUCGCGUCUGUCGCGGCGAAAACCGCUAAGAACCCCGACCCUGUCCAAUACGUCUUCAGCUCGUCCGCAGACGACAGCUCCUUCGAAACCUUCCCAGACCCUCGGGGGAACACGCUGGGUCGCGGCACCGAGAUAACCCUCAUUCUCAAAGAAGACGCAGCUGAGUACUUGGAUACACAAAAGUUGGCCCAGAUGAUCGCAAAACACUCGUCGUUCUCGUCGGCCUUUCCAAUUUACUUGUGGGAGUCCCGUACGAAGGAGGUUCCUGAUGAGGAAUCUGAGCCUGAAACGCCGUCCGAAGAGACCCAAACUCCAUCAGAGAUUCCAGAGUCUAAGCCCAGCCAGGAUGAUGAGGAUGAAGCUAUCGUCGAGGAUGAUAGUGACGCUCCAGAGACGCCUGCCGAAGAAGUGAAGCCCCCCAAAAUGAAGAGCAUCACGGUGGAAGAAUGGAUACAAGCCAACCCCCAGCCCCCUCUCUGGAUGCGUGAUCCUAAGGAGGUCGAAGAUGACGAAUACAAAUUCUUCUACUACUCGACCUUCAAGGACUUCGAACCUCCAAUUGCCUGGUCUCACUUCUCUGGUGAUUCCGGAUCCGGAGUUGCUUUCAAGGCCAUACUCUACCUACCCGGAAAGCUCCCAGAAAGCUACUGGCAAAACCCGCUGCUCAGCAGUUCGCAGGACGUAAAGCUGAUGGUCAAGCGCACGUUCAUCACCUCGGACCUCGGCGAGGACGCGCUUCCAAAGUGGGCAAAUUGGGUGAAGGUGGUUGUCGACGCCGAGGACCUCCCGCUCAACGUAUCGCGCGAGACCUUGCAAUCGAACAAGUUCCUUAAGCAGCUCCGUAGCAUCAUCCUCAAGCGCCUUCUGCAGCUAUUCCAGAAACUUGCAGACGAGGACGGGGAGAAGUGGCAGAAGGUGCAAGAGAACUACGCCGGGGUCUUGAAACUCGGCGCUGUGGAAGACACGAAGAAUCGCGACAAACUCAUCGCAUUGUGCAGGUUCCAUACCAACCAGCGGAACAGCACAAGCUUGGACCAGUACCUGGAAAACAAGAAGCAGGGCCAGAAACAGAUCUUUUACCUGGCUGACAUGGGCAAGGAGCCCGAACAUCUGGCGAAGAGUGUGUUCGUUGAGAAGCUAAACGCCCGUGGCUACGAAGUGCUGCUCCUCAACGAGCCUCUGGACGAGAUUCUGGUCCAGAACCUUCGCAAAUUCAAGGGUUUGUACUUCCAGGACGUCGCCAAAGCCGGACUUGUCUUUGGUGACGAGGAUCUCGAUCCUGAGGAAGAAAAGGAAAUGCAGAAGGAAUUGACGGAGCAGUACAAGCCUCUUAUUGACUGGCUGAGGCUUGAAGCUAGCAACGUUGUCCGGAGUGUCGUCAUUUCCAACCGGCUUGUAACAAGUCCCGUCGCGAUUGUCGCCGAUGCGCAGGGUGUGACUGCGAAUAUGGAACGCAUGAUGAGCGCUUCCAACAAAAAAUCGCAAUCCGGCUUUAUGGCCGACUUCGCCCGUAAACAGAAGGUGCUUGAGAUCAACCCGAGGAGCCCGCUGAUUGAGGGUCUACUGCACCGUAUCGAGCAACUGCCUGGUGAGGGCGAGGAGCGAGAUUUGGAGGCCGAAGAUGAGCUUCGUGAGGUCACGUCCAUCCUAAUCGAUGGGGCUCUCGUUCGCUCCGGAUUCGAGGUCCCCGACUCGAAUGAGUUCUUCUCCCGCGUGGAUCGGGUCCUCCGUCGUUCGCUUGGUGUUUCCGAGAAUGCGCCCACCGACGACUCCGUCAAGCCUGCGCCCCCAAUAGACCCUGAGGUCCAUGACCCUGAUGUGAUUCCUGAUGGACCUGGUGUUUGGCUUCCAGAAGAAAUGCGGGACAAGAUGCAAAUUACUAUGGAAGAGAUUGACGAAGAUGGCAACGUUGUCAUACGAGACGCGCCGCCAGCACAAGGCGACGAGUCGAUUCAUGACGAACUCUGAACAGUCGUCACACAACGCAUGUAAUAUAGCGAAUAAUCGGAAUUGCUUGGCACAUGUCU